UUACAAAUCGUUUUAAUUUGAUAGACUGAAAUGUAGUCGCUUUUAUAUAAACAAAUAGCUAAUCCAGGUGAUAUAAUUUGUCUAAAAAAAAAUCUUUUUUAGGAAAAGAAUUUGCGUAGUUAAAUAAAACCAUCCAAUAAGAAUAAAUUACUGACCAGGAAAUAAUUAGAGAAAAAAGCGAAAAUCAAUAUUGCUCACAGAUGCGGAGAGGCCCCACUAGUCACUGCCACAACCUUGAUGUUCGAGUUUCCGGCCACCGGUGCACCGCCGGAGCUCGAAAUCCACAACAAUGGACGACGACAAAGAUCCUCAUUCACCAAUCGAAACCUUCCACGAUUCCAUUGACGGGGAACAUAAGCAAAAAAAACCUGAAAGUUCGAUUGCUGCAGAGUUGAAGACGAAGAAAAGGAAAGCUUUAAUCGAGCUCCGUUCUCGUCUCGAAGAUUCCAUACUCAAUUACACCCUCAUCGGAGAAAAAUACAAAGCGAGCGAGCAUCUUAGAGAAUUACAGAUCUGGGGUGUCCCUUUGUUACCCAGCAGAGGCCUCGAGAGAACCGACAUCAUUCUCAAAAAAUUCUUGAAAGCCAAAGAUUAUAACGUCCAAAACGCUUUUGAAAUGAUAGCAAACACGAUUAUGUGGAGGGAAGAUUUUAAUGUAGACAAGCUGUUGGAGGAAACGUUUGGCCCAGAUCUUGACAAUAUUGGGCACAUUCAGGGCAAAGAUAAAGCAGGUCGCCCAUUGUGUUACCAAUUGUUCGAAACGUUUAAAGAAAAAGACACUUUACGUAAGAGAUUAGGAACCAAGGAAUCAUGCAAUGAAUUCCUUCGUUGGCGAAUUAAACUAAUGGAAGGAUGCGUUCUUAAACUCGACUUCAAACCCGGGGGUGCAGAUUCUGUCAUCCAAAUUAUGGAUGUCAAGAACAUACCCAGACCAUUUCUGAACGAACUGUUUGCGGGUAGCAAGAAAUAUUUUUCCAUUUUGCAAGAAAAUUAUCCAGGGAUCAUUUACAGAAUCGUGAUUGUUAAUGUCCCGAUGUGGUUUUUCGCGUUCUAUACGUUAAAUAUGCGAUUAAUGACAAGAAAGUACAAAGUAAUGUACGUGAAGCCAUCAGCAAUCACUGAGACCCUUCUCAAAUUUAUAGAUCCGGAACAUCUCAUGGCUCCAUAUGGCGGUCUAGGAAGAAAAGGCAGCGAAUUCUCGCCGGACGAAAAAGCGACAGAGCAGAAGCUCAAAGGAUACGCAACCGAUAGCAUUGAGAUACCUACUGCAGAUGUGGGGAUGACCGUGUAUUGGGAUUUAACGGUAACGGGAAAUGAUGUGAGUUACAAGGAAGAAUUUGUGCCAGAAGAUGAAGGUUCAUAUAAUGUGUUGGUUUCAAAAGGAAUACAAAUAGGGAGAAUGACUUCAAAUUCAUUUCAUGUAAGUGAGCCUGGCAAAAUUCUUAUUACAUUAGCCAAUCCUUCUUCCAAAAAUAGAAAGAUUUUUUAUAGGUACAAAAUUAAACCCUUUGUACCCAUGCACAAUUUACCAAUUACAGAUUAG